AUGGACAUCAACUCCAGGAUGAACCACAUGUUCAAUGACUUGAGUACCAAAUAUGAUAACGUAGCUAGUCAUAUGCGCCAGAUGGAUGUUCAGAUCGCGCAGACAGCCGAGAGCGUCAAGAGGCAGCAAGGUACUCUACCUGGAAAGACCGAUAAAACCCCUAAGGAAUGCAAUGCCGUAGCACUGAGGAUUGGAAGAACCCUACCAGAUACAAUUCCCAAGAAGUUGUCAGCAGCGGAAAAGGGUUCCAUAUCCUGUUUCGGCAAAGAAAACUCGCAAUACACCCCUAAGGUUCCAUAUCCUGUUUCGGCAAAGACAACUCGCAAGGACCGGGAGGAGACCAAGUGUAAAAAGAUGCUAAAGGAUCUAACUAUCAAGUUACCUCUUGUGGAUUCGAUCCAGAUGAUACCUUUUAUGCACAACUUGAUGAAAGGGUUGAUCUCUGGAAAGGUAACUGGAGACAGUGAACUAUUGAUGGUUUCAAAAGAGUGCAUUGCGGUACUUCAGAACAAGCCGAUUAAGAAAUUGGAUGAUCCAAGCAAUUUUAUUCUCUCCGUACAAAUUGGGAGAACCGUAUUCGCUUACUUCAAGCCGACAAGAAUCUCCCUGGUGUUCGGCGAUAGGUCAGUCAAGUCACCGGUGGGUAUUCUGGAAGACCUUCAUGUCCGAGUGGGUAACACGUUUGUUCCGACAGAUUUUGUGGUUCUGGAGGUUGAAGAAGAGCCGAGAGAUCCACUCAUCCUAGGUUGUCCUUUCUUGUGCACAGCUGGUGCGAUCAUCGAUGUUCGACAAGGAAGGAUUGAUCUUCACCUAGGAGACAUUGCGAUGAAGUUUGAAAUGAACAAAUUGCUGAAGAAACCAAUGCUAGAUGCGCAGACCUACACCGUUGAGGUUAAAGAUCAGGCACUAUUCCCUCAAGAAGGAAUGAUUGAGGAAAUCCUGACCGACGAUCCACUCGAGCUAGCUCUGAUCCGUUCUGAGACAGAGCAUAACGUCAUGAGCGUGGACGCGGAUGGCAACGACAAGAUGCUUGACUCUGCCAAAAGCAUGGAAAGGCUUGUCGCCUAUCUAAGUCUGAGGGAGAAAGACGAGAGCAAUCAGAGUGAUGCCACUGGAGCAGUCGCUUCGAAAGGCGCUACUAAGCCAAACAUGCAACUCGACGAUCCAUGA